AUGCACCGCUCGGGUGUUGGUCGUGCUGCUCGCUGCCCCGCUGUGGCUCAGGGUCUCACUGCGGAGAGGAAACUGCUCCUGGCCCUGGCAGGGCUCGUCCUCACCCUCGUCCUGGCCCAGCCUUGUGAGGCCACCGCCCCAGCUUCCCCCGGGGCCGUGGAGACCUCGGUCCUCCAGAGCUGCAUCGCAGAGGCCAAGUUCCUGGUGGAUGCCGCCUACAACCAGACUCAGAGGAGCAUCAAGCAGCGCCUUCAGAGUGGUUCUGCUCGCCCCACGGACCUCCUGUUCUACUUCAAACAGCCGGUAGCGGCCACCAGGACAGUCACCCAGGCUGCUGACUACAUGCACGUGGCCUUGGGGCUGCUGGAGGAGAAGUUACAACGCCAGGAGCCCAGCUCCUUCAAUGUCACUGAUAUGCUGACGGAACCCCAGCUGUGGCUGCUGUCCAAGGCCAGUGGCUGCACCGCCCAGAGGCAGGAAGAGAAGUGCAGUGACAAGUACCGGACCAUCACGGGGAGAUGUAAUAACAGGAGGAGGCCCUGGCUGGGGGCCUCCAACACCGCCCUGGCCCGCUGGCUGCCUGCGGAGUACGAGGAUGGGCUGUCGCUCCCCUACGGCUGGACCCCUGGCAAGAGGCGCAAUGGCUUCCUCCUCCCGCUUGUCCGGGCCGUCUCCAACCAGAUCGUGCGCUUCCCCCAAGAGAGGAUGACCCAGGACCGGAGCCGGGCCCUCAUGUUCAUGCAGUGGGGCCAGUUCAUCGACCACGACUUGGACUUCUCCCCCGAGACCCCAGCCAGAGUGGGCUUCGCUGGAGGCGUUGACUGCGAGAGGACCUGUGCCCAGCUGCCUCCCUGCUUCCCCAUCAAGAUUCCGGCCAAUGACCCCCGAAUCAAGAACCAGAAAGACUGCAUCCCCUUCUUCCGCUCGGCAGUCAUAUGCCCCAAUAAGAGGAACAUCAUCCGGAACCAGAUCAACUCCCUCACCUCCUUCGUGGACGCCAGCAUGGUGUACGGCAGCGACGUCUCCCUCGCCCUGCGCCUUCGCAACCGGACCAACUUCCACGGGCUCCUGGCCGUCAACCAGCGCUUCCGAGACAACGGCCGGGACCUGCUGCCCUUCGACAACCUGAACGAAGACCCCUGCCUCCUCACCAACCGCUCCGCACGCAUCCCCUGCUUCCUGGCAGGUGACGCUCGAUCAAGCGAAAACCCGUCGCUGACAGCCAUGCAUACCCUCUUCAUGCGAGAGCACAACCGGCUGGCUACUGAGCUGCGACGCCUGAAUCCCCGGUGGACUGGAGACCAGCUCUACCAGGAGGCCCGGAAGAUCGUGGGGGCCAUGGUCCAGAUCAUCACCUACCGGGACUUUCUGCCCAAGGUUCUGGGCCAGGCCCGAGCCAGGAGAACCCUGGGGCGCUACUCGGGGUACUGCCCCAACGUGGACCCUCGCGUGGCCAACGUCUUCACCCUGGCCUUCCGCUUCGGGCACACCAUGCUCCAGCCCUUCGUGUUCCGCUUGGACAGCCAGUACCGGGCCUCAGCGCCCAACUCACGGGUUCUGCUCAGCUCUUCCUUCUUUGCCAGCUGGCGAGUCGUGCAUGAAGGUGGCAUCGACCCCAUCCUCCGAGGCCUCAUGGCCACCCCCGCCAAGCUGAACCGGCAGGAUUCCAUGUUAGUGGAUGAGCUCCGGGACCGGCUGUUCGAGCAAGUGAGAAGAAUCGGGCUGGACCUGGCGGCUCUCAACAUGCAACGCAGCCGGGACCACGGCCUCCCAGGGUACAAUGCUUGGCGGCGCUUCUGUGGGCUCUCCCAGCCCAGGAAUCUGGCACAGCUUAGCUGUGUGCUGAAAAACCGGGAUUUAGCAAGAAAGUUCCUGAAUCUAUACGGGACUCCUGACAACAUUGACAUCUGGAUUGGGGCCAUCGCAGAGCCGCUUCUGCCAGGGGCCCGUGUGGGGCCUCUUCUGGCUUGUCUUUUUGAGAACCAAUUCAGAAGGGCCCGCACUGGAGACAGGUUCUGGUGGGAGAAACCAGGUGUUUUCACCAAGAGGCAGCGCAGGGCCCUGAGUCAGAUCUCCUUGUCUCGAAUUGUGUGUGACAAUACCGAUAUCACCAUGGUUCCGAGGGACAUCUUCAGAGCCAACACCUACCCCCAGGACUUUGAGCACUGCAACAGAAUCCCCAGAUUGAACCUGUCAGCCUGGAGAGGCAAAUGA